AUGAGACCAAGAAAAAGAUCAUUCAAUAACAGUGAGCAAUUGAAUAAUAAGAAACUUAAAGUUGAUAUAAACUCAAGUAUCGACAAAGACCUUGAUAUGAUGGAUUCAUCUCCUUUGAAAUCUCAUAAAGUCAAAAUGAACGAUAGAGUGGAGGACGACAUAGAGAGUUUAAUGCAAGAUGUUGAAAAUUCACCAACUAUGGUCAGAACUAAAGCAGAAAUUGAAGAAAACAAUGAUAUCGAUAGUACGACAGAUAAUGCUGAACCAAAAAGCAACGUUGGUGACGACAGUGACGAUGACGAUAUAGUGUAUACAAGGAGAACUCUAAGGAGUGUCACGGCAAAAAGACAAAUUAAUUUCACAUCCAAGAGUAAUCCUGCAACAUCUCCCUUCGUUACUGCUCCAGGUACACCACUAGCCAAUAUCAAAAACGUCGAGAAGAAACCAGUAUAUUCUUCAACGGCCCAAAAUCUAACUUUCAGUUCAGCUAGAUAUACUAAAGAUCAAAUUGUGGAUACCAAAACAGGCUCAUUCCAAUUUUUCUGGUUAGAUUUCACUGAAGUGAACAAUACAUUGGUUUUAUUUGGUAAGGCAAAAACUUUAGAUGGCUCCUUUAUCUCAGCCAUGGUUCAAAUAAAUGGUCUCUGUAGAGAAUUAUAUUUUUUACCAAGAGAAAAUAAUACUCCAGAAGAAAUUCAUGAAGAAAUUGUUCCAUUAUUAUUGGAAAAAUAUGGUCUUGAUAAUAUUAGGGCCAAGCCAGAGAAAAAAAAAUAUGCUUUUGAAUUACCAGAUAUACCACAUGAGGCUAACUAUUUGAAAGUCUUAAUGCCAUUUAAUACUCCGAAGAGUAGUAAUGAUUUGAUUCCACCAGAUUUAUCAAGUGAUACAUUUAGUCAUGUUUUCGGUGGGAACACAAAUAUUUUUGAAGCCUUUGUAGUUCAGAAUAAAAUUAUGGGGCCAUGCUGGUUAGAAAUUAAAGAUGGCGAUUUUACAGCACUUCAAAAUGCGUCUCAUUGUAGUAUUGAAGUUGCUGUUAAUAAACCUCAAAAUGUUAUUCCCUUGGAUAUUAAGACAAUUCCAGAUUUGAAGUCAAUAUCUUUGUCCUUGCAAACAAUGAUGAACCCUAAAGCAAAUAAACAAGAAAUCGUCUCCAUAACAAUGUCAAUCUUCAAUCGAAUAUCACUUGAUUCUCCUAUUCCAGAAGGUUUGAAACCAGAUUCUAUUAUCACUUUACUUAGACCACCACAAGGUACUUCAUUCCCAUUGGGGUUGGCUGCAUUAGCGAAACAAAAAUUGAAUGGUAACCUUAGGUUAUUUAAUGAUGAAAAAACAUUACUACAAUGUUUUUGUGCGUUAAUGAAAGUAAAUGAUGCUGACGUAUUAAUUGGCCAUCGUUUAGAUAGUGUAUAUUUAGAUGUUUUGGUUCAUAGAAUUUAUGAUUUGAAAAUCCCUACUUUCAGUACAAUUGGUCGUCGUUCUAAGAAAACUUGGCCAGAGAGGUUUGGCAAGGGUACUUCUGGUAUGAAUCAUUUUUACAUUCGUGAUUUAUUUGCUGGUAGAUUAUUAUGUGAUAUUGGCAAUGAAAUGGGUCAAUCUUUGACUCCUAAAUGUCAAAGCUGGGAUUUAUCUGAAAUGUAUCAAGUCACCUGUGAUGGUAAUCAUAAACCUUUAGAUAUUAAUUAUCAAAAUCCACAAUAUCAAGAUGAUACCAAUUUAUUAACAAUGGCACUUCAGGAAAAUAUUACCAACUCACUUAUUACAGCUGAAAUAUCCUUUAGAAUCCAAAUGCUAUCAUUAACUAAACAAUUAACGAACUUAGCUGGUAACGCAUGGGCUCAAACUUUAGGCGGUACUAGGGCCGGUAGAAAUGAAUAUAUUUUAUUACAUGAAUUCACUAGAAACGGUUUUAUUGUACCUGAUAAGGAAACCAAUAAAAUGAGAACCCAAAGGCAAAGAAAGCAAAUGGGAGAUCAACAAGAUGGUGACGCUCCAGUUUCCUCCAAAAAAGCUAAAUAUCAAGGUGGGUUAGUUUUCGAACCAGAAAAGGGACUUCACAAAAACUAUAUCUUGGUCAUGGAUUUCAAUUCUUUAUAUCCAUCCAUUAUUCAGGAGUAUAAUAUUUGUUUCACUACUGUGGAAAGAAAUCAAGAUGAUAUUGAUGAACUUCCCGAGGUACCUUCCUCUGAUAUUGCACAAGGUGUCUUACCACGAUUAUUGGCUAAUUUAGUGGAUCGUCGUCGUGAAGUUAAGAAAAUUAUGAAGACUGAAACAGAUCCACAUAAGAAGAUUCAAUGUGAUAUUAGACAACAAGCUUUGAAAUUAACUGCUAAUUCCAUGUAUGGUUGUUUAGGUUACGUGAAUAGUAGAUUCUAUGCUAAACCGCUUGCCAUGCUUGUCACAAAUAAAGGUAGAGAAAUUUUAAUGAAUACUAGACAAUUGGCUGAAAGUAUGAAUUUACUCGUUGUUUAUGGUGAUACAGAUUCUGUUAUGAUUGAUACUGGUUGUGAUACAUACGCUGACGCAAUUAAAAUUGGUAAUGAUUUCAAAAAACUGGUUAAUGAACGCUAUAAAUUACUAGAAAUUGAUAUUGAUAAUGUGUUCAAGAGAUUACUACUACAUGCUAAGAAAAAAUAUGCUGCUUUGAAUGUGACAUUAAAUAAGGACGGUUCUGAACGUUUAACUUUAGAGGUGAAAGGUUUAGAUAUGAAACGUCGUGAAUUUUGCCCAUUAUCUAAGGAUGUGUCUACCCAUGUUUUGAACACAAUUCUCUCAGAUAAAGAUCCUGAAGCUGCAUUACAAGAAAUAUAUGGUUACCUCGAAGAUAUAAGAAAUAAAAUGGAAAACAAUGAAAUCAGAGUUGAUAAAUAUAAGAUUAAUAUGAAAUUAUCAAAGGAUCCACAAGCAUACCCUGGUGGUAAAAAUAUGCCAGCCGUCCAGGUUGCCCUCAAGAUGCGUAAAGCUGGUAGAGUUGUCAAAGCUGGUUCUGUCAUUACGUUCGUAAUAACAAAAGGAAAACAAGAAGAAGGAAAAGAGGACGAGAAACUCAGCCCUGCUGAUAGAGCUUUCGCAUUGAAUGAAGUUAUGGUGAAAAGUAACAAGUUGAUUCCUGAUGCUGAAUAUUAUCUAGAGAAACAAAUCUUUUCACCAGUGGAAAGACUAUUAGAAAGAAUAGAAAGUUUCGAUGUCGUGAGAUUAAGUGAAGCUUUGGGUCUGGAUAGUAAGAAAUAUUUAAGAAGAAACGACAAUAUAAACUCUAACAAUAUCGAUGCUCUGCAACCUUUAGAAACAACCAUCUCUGAUAUGGAAAGAUUUAAAGAUGCUACUACUUUAGAUUUACACUGUCCAAAUUGUUCCAGUGAAUUUCCAUUUGGUGGUAUUGUUCCAUCGAAUCAUUAUUUGAUGUGUUAUAAUGGUCUUCAAUGUAAGAAUUGUGAGAAAAUAUUUAGCACCAUUCAAUUAACAUCACAACUAGAAAGCUCGAUACGUUCACACAUAUCGCUCUACUAUGCUGGAUGGUUAAUAUGUGAUGACAUCACCUGCGGUAACGUAACAAGACAGAUAUCUGUCUUUGGUAAACGUUGUCUCAAUGACGGUUGCACGGGUGUGAUGAGAUACAGAUACACAGAUAAACAAUUGUAUAACCAACUACUUUAUUUUGAUUCUUUGUUCGAUAGAGAGAAAAACAAGAACCAAGAAAUCAAACCAUUAUACCAUGAAGGAGAUCCAGAUUUCCCAACGGAAAAACUAAAUGAUUCCUCAAUCCGUGCAUUAAGUGAACAAAAUAGGGAAUUAUUCGAGGUUAAUCGAGGAGUGGUACAGAAAUACUUGAGUGAUUGUGGUCGUCGUUAUGUUGAUAUGGGCAGCAUAUUCGAGUUUAUGGCAUAA